AUGUUCCAUACUUUGGAUACUUUUGAUACAGAAUUUUCUGCUGAUUCUGUUGAAUGGUGCCCAAUAGAUUCUUUCAAAAAUAUAUUUGUCUGUGGAACAUAUCAAUUAAUGAAAGAUGAGGAAUUAACAUCCAAUAGCUUACUGUCAUCGAAACGUUUAGGAAGAAUCUAUGUGUUUGAAGUUGUAGAAAAUGGAUGCCUAAUAUUAUUGCAAAAAUUAGAUGUACCUGCUAUAUUAGAUAUAAAGUGGGCACAUGUUAUAUGCCAAAAUAAAAUUUUACUUGGUGUUGUAAACUCUUUAGGCUAUCUCCAAAUUUACCAACUUAAAAAUAACGAUGGAAAAAAAAGUUUAGAAUUAUUAAUACAAAAAAGAGUUGCAGAUGAGGGCGAAAUUCUUGCAUUAUCUUUAGAUUGGUGUACAGGAAGAUUGACGAGCAAUAAUGAAUUAGGUUCGAAAAUAGUAGUUAGCGACUCGAAAGGUUCCGUAUCGUUGUUCGAAUUAAAUAAUAAUGAACUUAAUGAAAUUAAUUCGUGGAAUGCACAUGGAUUCGAAGCGUGGAUCGCGGCUUUCAAUUAUUGGGAUACGAACGUAGUAUACAGCGGUGGCGAUGAUUGUAAAUUCCAAUGUUUCGAUACAAGAGUAGGGACCCAUCCUAUCGCGUCAAAUAGGGUUCACGGUGCUGGUGUUACAAGUAUUCAUAGUAAUAUAACAAGAGAAUUUUUGUUAUCAUCUGGAAGUUACGAUGAAAUACUGAGACUAUGGGAUACAAGAAAUUUUAAGAGACCAAUAUCGGAAAUGAAUCUCGGUGGCGGCAUUUGGCGUUUGAAGUGGGAUCCUUUCGUACGAAGAUAUUUGCUCGCGGCUUGUAUGUAUGGCGGAUUUAGAAUAGUCGACUGCGAAAAGACAGAAACUCCGUUUGUUAUUGGCGAAUACAACGAACAUAAAAGUAUAGCAUAUGGAUGCGAUUGGUCUUUCUUAAAUAGCAAAGAAAUUACAGAACAAAUACUUAAAACAAAAAUGCAAAAUGUUCUUUUAACAAGUACUUGUUCUUUCUAUGAUCAUGUUUUAAAAAUAUCAGCGUUAUAUAUAAAGGAUAAUUAA